AUGUCUUUUUGGGAUAACAAUAAAGACACCUUCAAAGCUGUCGGCAAAUCUGCUGCUGUAGGACUAGGAAGAGGUGCUAAAGCAGUAGGUAAUGCCGGGUAUAAAACUUACAAGAAUAAUGAAGCAAAGCGAAAAGGUUUACCUACACCAGAAUUCAAUGAUGAUGGUACAACCAGAACCAGCCCUGAACCUUUAGGGCCCAGUACCCCAUUGAAUAAGGAGCAAUUGAAUUCUAUGCCUCCACCUCCAAAGAGAAAUGUUGCUACUCAAGCGUUUGUGCCUGGUCAAGUAUCUUAUCCUCAGCCAGUUCAACCACAGGCUCAACCACAGGCUCAACCACAGGCUCAAGCUCCAGUUCAAGCUCCUGUUCAACCAUACCAACAACCUCAACAACCACAACCGCCACAACAAGUGUAUCAACAACCUGUUCAACCAAUUGACCAAUUCCAACCUCCAUCCAACCCUCCUCCUAGUUAUGAUGCAUCAUCUAGACAAGUUCCACCUCCCCCACCAGCAAGAAACUCAAUCUCACAAGGUUCCACUCCAGCUCCUCAAAUAGCAUCACCAGGUACCCCAGUCGAACAGAAGAAGUUCAAUUACGGUGUACGAACUGAUUCUGACGAGGAAACUAAACCUAAAGCCCCAUUACCUGAUGCAUCUACAUUUGCACCACCACCUGUUCGUAGAGAAAGGACUUCCAAGAGUCCUCAACCCACUGGUCCCGUUAAGUCACAAGUUUCGGGAACAUCCGUCACCCCAAAUCCAUUAUCUCCCCAAGAAAAAGUUAGAUCACCAGUUCCAGCAAUUGCUCCAGGAAUCGAUGUUACCAAAUUCGCUCCACCUCCCAAGGUAUAUCAUGGUGACAAACCAGCUUCAUUGCCUCAAGGAGUAACACCACCACCACGCCCUGUCCCAGGAAAUCCAUCUCAAACACCAAAUUCAUCAGUACCUGAAAGACAACCUGUACCAGCUAUUGCCCCAGGAAUUGAAAUCUCAAAAUUUGCACCACCACCACCAAGACCUGGUCAAAAUACCACUAAUAGCGUAGAACCAAUAUCGUCUGCACCACCCCAACUACCUUCAAGGACUUCAUCAAGUUCUAUAACAGGGAAGAAACCACCUCCCAAACCAGUGAAGAAACCUGGAGUUGGUAUGCCUCAGGAACCACCUCCUUACAGAGAAGAGGAACAAAGAGUAGAAACACCCGAUAUUCUGGACCUUUCCAUCGGUGGUGAUAAACCGGAGGUGAAGCCAAGGUCUGAUCCUCAUUUACAAGCUUUGGAAAAUGCUUUGCAGUCCAGGGGAUUGAAACCAUCAGGAUCUUCUCUACCUGAGAGCUUUUUGAAAAGUAAAGAGACACUGCCAACUGUGGCAGCUGAUAAACCGUUUUCUGAGCCAGCUCCAAAGCCAGCUCCCAAACCUGUCAUUGGAGCGAAACCAAUCAUUGGAACCAAACCAGUGAUUGGCAGCAAGCCUGUCAUAGGUAGCAAGCCUGUAAUAGGUACCAAACCAGUCUUGACUGUGGAUACAGCAGUGGAACCAAAUAAUCCAGUACCAAAACCAGCUCCAAAGCCAGUGGUAGCUCCAAAGCCAGUGGUAGCUCCAAAGCCAGUGGUAGCUCCAAAGCCAGUGGUGGCGCCAAAACCUGUAGCACCAAAACCCAAACCACCUGUACUUAAAGCAUCACCCUCACCAAAAGCUUCGCCAUCACCUGCCCCACCUCCACCACCAUCCAGAAACUACUCUAAGGCUUCUGUUAUGGGAACAAACACGGGACCACCAAAACAUAAUCUCGAACUUUCUACGGGAUGGUUUGCUAAUGUUUCCAGUCCUUUGUCCCUCCCUAAGGACAUCCAAGGGCUCAAUUACACAUCAUCAUACUCCAUGUCAUCCCAAUUUUCCAAUGGUACCAACACUAUGUUCCACACUAGGAAUAUAAGUCUUCGUUGCAAGGAUUUGUCAAUAGUAAGAUAUAAGAUAUCCUGGGUAAAUGAAGACGUCACCAAUGCAACUUCUACCAUUGAUCAAUUUGUACCUUCACCAUUGAACAACAUCACUAACCAGGAGCUCUUAGAAGCUAAUGAACAAUUUGGUAACCAUGUAGCCGCUUGGUGUGAACAUAAUAUGGGUCGUACUGUAGGGAGAGGUGAAUGCUGGGACCUUGCGCGUGAUGCUUUAGCUAAAGGAUGUGGCAAACAUGCCUUCAUCUCGAAUUACACUAUCCAUGGGUUCCCUAUACUCCAAAUUGAAGGAGUUGAUGGAACUAUCCAACCAAUUGGUAGACAGUAUGAUGAGGUCAGAAGAGGUGAUAUAUUACAGUACGAGACAUGUACGUUCUAUAAUGAAGCUACUCGAGUCACUUCUACUGCUGGAGCCCCUGAUCAUACUUCAGUGGUUUUAGGUAAAGAAGGAGAUCGAAUUCUCAUUGCCGAACAAAACGUCAAUGGGGUCAAAAAAGUUGUUAAUGGUGAAGCUAUCAUCAGAAACUUGAAAAAGGGUAAAUUAUUCUGUUAUAGACCAAUGCCUGUUGCCUGGGCAGGUGAAUUAUAA